UGAAAAAGAAAAAACCCCCUCUCUCUCUCUCUCUAGCCCAUCCCCCAAAAACCUUUUAUAAAAAGCGCUUAACAAAAUCAAAUCCAAAAACCCUCAACCAAUAUUUUCUUCUCAAAUCCUUUCAAAAAUCCCCAACUACUACUUUCAUUCGCAUUAAUCAUCUUUCUCUCCUUCUUAUGGCGACCGGAAAAAGCUGUUACGGUCGUUCCAAUUACCGUUUCCUCACCGGCGACAUCUCCGGCCACCACCACCACCACUCCUUCACUUCCGAUUUCUCCUUCGAACUCAACGAAUCUGACAUUUACAACUCGGGUACGGCGAGAUCUCCUACGCGAAUCCCGAAGAAGAAAAUUUCGUCGAAACGAGUGGAGGUGCAGGGGGGAGGUGGAGCGUCAUCGUUGCCGGUGAAUAUUCCGGAUUGGUCGAAGAUUUUGAAGGAGGAAUAUAGAGAGAAGAGGAGUUCGGAAUACGCGGAUGACAUGGAAGAUGAUGAAGAUGAAGAGGAAGAAAUGAGAGUUCCACCUCAUGAGUUUCUGGCGAGGCAAAUGGCGAGGACGAGGAUCGCAUCGUUUUCGGUGCACGAAGGAAUUGGGAGGACGUUGAAAGGGAGAGAUCUGAGUAGGGUAAGAAAUGCAAUUUGGGAAAAAACUGGGUUCGAGGAUUGAAAGAUGAUAAUAAUAACAACAAUAAUAAUAUAUUGGAUGAGAUUAAUUAAUUUAAUUAACGCAAGUAGUUUUUUUUUUCCAUUUUAGGACGUAAAUAUUUGUUGUUAAAAUGGGAAGGAAGGAAGGAAAGAAAGAAUGAUGUAUGUAAUUUCUUCCUUCCUUCCAAUGUCGUUUUUUUCCUUUUUUUUUCUUUUUAAAUCUUUCUAAUUUAUUGGAUGGAUGGAUUGAUAUUCCAUUAUAUUAAAUGAAUGUAAAAUAUUUAAAAGACUAA